ACCUGGAAGAUGGCGCCUCGAUCGGUCAGGAUCCCGAGGCGUCUGCCGAUCCUGGUGGUUUCUGGCGGCGUGCUGCUGCCAGGCUCCUCCAUGAGGAUACCUGUCCAUGCCCCGAGAAAUAUGCAGUUAGUGAAGAACCAUGUGAUGAAGAGGAGCAGUCUCAGCAGUAUCAUUAUAGGUGUGGCAACAACUACCAAUAAGGACCCACAGACAGAAGACCUUGAAGCCCUCCAUGAGAUAGGAACUGCAGCAGUUGUGGCCCAGGUGACUGGUACCAACUGGCCCAAACCAGCUUAUACCCUGCUGGUGACCGGUCUGUGCCGGUUCAAACUGGAUGCCUUUGUUCAGGAGAUGCCGUAUCCCAUUGCACAGGUUACCCAGCUGGACAAGCUGCCUGGAGACCUUACUGAUGAGAAUGAUGAGGAGUUGUCUGCACUGCUGGACACAUUUAAGGAGAAAGCCAAUGUUCUGGUGGACAUGUUGGACAUCACCGUACCUGUGGUGGCAAAACUCAAGAAAAUGCUGGACAGUCUUCCUUCUCAGCAUCUCCCUGAUGUCUUUGCCUCUAUCGUCAAAGCAACAUUUAAAGAAAAAUUACAGGUUCUUGAUGCAGUCGAUCUGAGGGAGCGGUUUGAGAAGACUCUUCCACUUCUCCUCAGGCAGAUUGAGGGCCUGAGACUUCUGCAGAAUUCCAAGCAACAGGGCAACAAGAAGAACAGGGAGAUUUCUAAUGUCCGUAUCGUAGUGAAGCCCCCUGCAGAGGGGGGCCGCCGACCCGUCAGGAUCGUCCAGGACCAGGAUGAGGAUGGGGAGGUGGACGAGAUUACAGAACUGGAGAACAAAAUCAAGCAAGCCAACCUUCCAGCCCAGGCUCUGAAGGUUGCUACUAGAGAAUUGAAACGCCUGAAGAAGAUGCCAGCAGCCAUGCCUGACCACGCUGUCAUCAGGAACUACCUGGAACUGAUGGCUGAGCUGCCCUGGUCCAAGAGCAGUCCUAACCAGCUGGAUAUCACACAUGCCAGGGAAGAGCUUGAUGCUGACCAUUACGGGCUUGACAAGCUGAAGCAGCGUGUUAUGGAGUACCUGGCUGUCCGACAGCUGAGGAACAACCUGCGGGGUCCCAUCCUCUGCUUCGUGGGACCCCCAGGGGUGGGGAAGACCAGCGUGGGCCGGUCCAUCGCACACAUCCUGGGCAGGGAGUUCCACAGGAUCUCCCUGGGUGGAGUAGUGGACUCCUCAGAUAUCCGGGGUCACCGCAGGACGUACAUCGGCAGCAUGCCUGGUCGUGUCAUCCAGGGGCUGAGAACUGUCGGCACAAACAACCCUCUCUUCUUACUGGACGAGGUGGACAAGCUGGGUAGAAGCCUGCAGGGAGAUCCAGCAUCAGCACUGCUGGAGGUGCUGGACCCUGAACAGAACGCCCACUUCACAGAUCACUACCUGAAUGUGCCCUUUGACCUGUCACAGGUCAUCUUCAUAGCGACAGCCAACACCACGGCGACCAUCCCGCCUGCCCUGCUGGACAGGAUGGAGGUCAUCUCUGUCCCAGGGUACACACAGGAGGAGAAGCACAGCAUAGCAACCAGGCAUCUCGUUCCCAAGCAACUCAAGGAGCAUGGCCUGACUGGAGAACAACUGCAGUUCUCUGACGAGGGGCUCAAAACCAUCAUUGGCAGGUACACCCGUGAGGCUGGUGUGCGGACCCUGGAGAGGCGACUUGGUGCCGUGUGCAGAGCUGUCGCAGUCAAAGUGGCAGAAGGACUGCCCAAACCCAAGCAACAAGCUGCUGACAACAAGGAAAGCAAGGAAGAAGACAGGACUGAUGAGGUGCAUGCUGUAGAUGAGGACAUGAAGGUUCCACAUGUGGACCACCCUCCCAACCUGCCUAUUGUCAUUGACAACCACGCUGUGAAGGAUAUACUGGGGCCCCCAGUGUUUGAACAUGAGGUGUCUCAGAGGUUGAACCAGCCUGGAGUUGCAGUAGGCCUUGCAUGGACGCCGAUGGGAGGAGAGAUCAUGUUUGUGGAGGCUACAAGGAUGGACGGAGAUGGACAGCUCACUCUGACAGGACAGCUGGGGGAUGUGAUGAAGGAGUCAGCUCAGCUGGCCAUCAGCUGGCUGCGCAGUAAUGCACUGGAGUACGGGCUGGUACAGAAAGCAGGGCAGGACCUGAUGGAGAGUACAGACGUGCACAUCCACUUCCCUGCAGGGGCGAUCGGGAAGGACGGGCCGUCAGCGGGGGUCACCAUUGUCACCGUACUGGCCUCUCUAUUCAGCGGCCAUGUGGUGAGGUGGGACACCGCCAUGACAGGAGAGAUCACCCUCAGGGGAGUGGUGCUGCCGGUGGGAGGGAUUAAGGAGAAGGUGCUGGCUGCCCACCGUGCAGGGAUCACACGGAUCAUCCUCCCCAAGCGCAAUGAGAAGGACCUGCAGGACAUCCCCAGUAACGUCAGGAAAGAGUUGACCUUCAUCCUGGCUGACCAGUUGAGUGAUGUUCUCAAGGCAGCGUUUGAUGACGGCUUCCCGUCCUCCAGACAGGACCGCGCUGUCUCCAGCAAGCUCUGACAGACUGACACGAUCACAGCCUGGUGGAGCCCAGCAUGAUUACACCGUGAUCAGUUUUUAGAGAUUAACUUGCAGUCAAUUCAAAAACCUGGCGGAGGGGGCUCUACUACAACACAAUCUUUCUGUUGUUUGAGUUCCUGUUUAUGAAUUUCUUUAUCCUCUCAUUUUAAAAGACGUCUGACAAACCUCUAUUAUGUUUUAGACUUAAAUGGCCCUAAUGCUAAUAAGUUGUACAAAUUAGUGUAAGAUAACUAUGAGCAUGUGGUCAUACCUCCAGGUUAUCAAACAAUAGGACUGUGCUACCAGUCACUUUGCACAGCAUAAGAAAUAUACACAAUGAUAUUAAUGUACAUAUGGUUCUCAUGAAUGUAGAUGUAAGUCAAUUUAUGCUGCCUAAAUGAUUUGAUGAUAAUAUUGAGAUUACAGUUUGAGAUUACAGAAGACCAAGACUCACUUACUGGUAAUUGGCCUUUCUCUUUCAAUGCAUAGCAGUGCAUUCCACCAGUUCUACAUGGGCUGUUCAACACAAUGUCUAACAUACACACCAGAUACUAACAUGACUGUAUUCCUUCUGUACUGAUGAUAAAGUCUGAAUAUGGAGUAAAAAGAGCAAUGCAACAAUGCCAUGGACAUUAAAGAUUGAUAUAUUGAUAUACAAAAUGUAAUAUGACUGUAAUAUACUUAUUAAAUUUGUAUGUAAUUUCCUUUGGUUAAAAAUCAGAAAAAGCCUGGAUUAUCUCAGGAAAACAAUCCAUAUUAAAGAACAUUUCAACCCAAUAACACAAAAAAA